UUUGCGACCUUUGCACCCAAGAUAUACCAACAUUGCGCUACAAAUCUCCAAAAAAUCCUCGAUAAAUAUCCUGACUGUCAACAGCCUCUCGAUAAUACUAUUUUCCCUGCUCUUACCUUCAACCUCGGCCCGCAGUCGGUUACUUGGGGUCAUGUUGACUCGCAGAACGCUGCUCAAGGCUUCUGUCCUGUUAAUUCUGCUGGCAAGUACGACCCAAAGCGGGGUGGACACAUGGUCCUUCUCGACUUCAACUUGAUCAUCGAAUUCCCACCUGGUUCCACCAUUCUGCUUCCAUCCUCCAUCGUCAGACAUGGCAACACCCCUAUUGCCGACCACGAAACAAGGUACUCGUUCACGAUGUUCGUUCCUGGCCCUCUUCUUCGCUGGGUUCACCACGGAUUUAAGCCUGCGGGACGAUUGUCGAAGAAACAGCAGGCGAAGCUCUACGGCGAAGGUAAUCAGCAGUGGGAGGAGGCACUGAAUAUGUUUUCGAAGGUCAAUGAGCUCGAG